GCACCUCGUCAGUUGCGCACGCGGCUUGGCCCGAGCAACAUCUGCUCGAGCGAACCGGAAGUCGAGUCAGGGGACCUCCGCGCACUUCCGACGACGCCGUAGCGAACUUCCGGGAGUUCCGUCCAUCCUCGUCCCGAUUACGAGGAGGAGUCGCGAGCGACAAACACCGAAACUGCUCUUCGUCUUCCCGGGGAAACGGCGGACAUGUCGGCGCUUAUCUUCUCCCUCGUAACGGAGUACCAGGAGGUGUAGGGGAGGUCCAGGUGUCCAGGGAAGAGGGACGAGGUACCAUGGGGAAGCUUUUAAGCUUGCUAGCUCGAGACGAGUCCACGUGUUGCACCCCGCAAAAGUAUGACGUCUUCCUGGACUUUGAGAACGCCCAGCCCUCUGACAUCGAGAGGGAGACUUUCGAGGCCGUGCAGAGGGUGCUGAAGAACUCCGAGUCCAUCCUGGAAGAGAUCCAGUGCUACAAGGGGGCAGGGAAGGAAAUAAGGGAGGCGAUUUCCGCCCCCACGGAGGAGUGCCAGAGGAAAGCGUACUUGACGGUCGCCCCUCUCGUUGCGAAGCUGAAGAGGUUCUACGAGUUUUCCCUGGAGCUCGAGAGGGUAGUCCCUAAGAUCCUGGGCCAGCUGUGCUCCGGGAACUUAUCCCCAACCCAACACCUGGAGACCCAGCAAGCCCUCGUCAAGCAACUGGCAGAGAUCCUGGAGUUCGUCCUGAAGUUCGACGAGCACAAGAUGAAGACCCCCGCCAUCCAGAACGACUUCAGCUACUACAGGAGGACCCUGAUGAGGGCCUCGCUCUCCAGACAGGACAGUGCCCAGAAGGACCUCGUCGUGGGCAACGAGUUGGCGAACAGGAUGUCCUUGUUCUACGCCCACGCGACGCCGAUGUUGCGAGUGUUGAGCCACGCGACGACAACUUUCUUGAUGGACAACGAGGACAUCCCGAGGGAGAACAUCACGGAAACGCUGGGCACCAUGGCGAAGGUCUGCCUCAGGAUGCUGGAGAACCCGAACCUCUUGGCACAGUUCCAAAGGGAGGAGACCCAGCUCUUCGUCCUCAGGGUCAUGGUGGGCCUCGUCAUCCUUUACGAUCAUGUUCAUCCCCAGGGUGCCUUCGUCAAGGGCUCCAAUGUUGACGUGAAGGGUUGCGUGAAGCUCCUCAAGGAUCAGCCUCCCUGCAAAAGCGAAGGGCUUUUGAACGCCUUGAGAUACACCACGAAGCACUUCAACGAGGAGAACACCCCGAAGAACAUAAAGAACCUGCUGACGACAUGAUUGCCGAAACAGCGAGGCUGUUGCAUUAGAAGGUAGAGGGGAAGGCCCGAGAUAUUUUAGAGCUCUUCGAGCACCCUAAGAGGAUGCCGAGGAGCGUCAAAAAUCGAUUCACUCCGGACUUCCUGGUGAUCUCUCAAAGGGGGGUGCGACCGAUACUGCCCUAAUUGUUGUCGAAUCGGAAAAAAAUCACGCCCCGAAUUUGGAAUUGCAGGCUCGACGACUAUUUCUCGAGCGACUAUUAUCAUUUCUAGGACCGGAUAAUGUUAAGAACUCGGUUACGUUUCACGCGUACACGUGGCUUCGCGCAUACGUAUGCGAGUGUGUAUUUGGCGCGAAACUCUACCGAGUUUUCCUGAUAAGUAACUACCGUCGCUGCCACCUGGGACUUCAGUCCCCAGUAAUCCCUGUCUCGAUGUUAAUUCCUCCGUUUACUAAAUGAUGCGCAAUACAAGAAGGAAAGAAAAAAAAAAAACAGGAGGGGAUUUUCGAAAACCAGACGUUUUCGAAAAUCGCUGUUACGUCAUAUCAGCAGGGGAGUUUCUUGGAGAAGACUCUUUCUAGGGGGAAUGUCGCAGGGAAUUACAUGAACAAAGAGAGAGAGAGGUUUAAACUACGUUGUGGCAUUUAUGCAGAUUUUUAGCUCUUGUUUUUCUCUUUGUUAUUAAUGGAUAAGUAAUCGUAAUGUGUAAAGAAAAUCGAUGCCGCUACUUGUCGGGCCCUUUUCACCCCUUUUAUGUAUUAUUCGUGGGAAGGAGGGGGUGGAAAUGGCUCGAUUGGUUGACAAGAGGUGUUCAAUUACUCCGUGUAGAUUUACGCAAUGUAGACCCCAAAGAGAUACCCUUUUAUUAUUAAUUAAUACGCGAAAUUUAAAAAAUCUACUUAUCGGUAGUCGGAAAUUUCUAUUGCGAACAAGAGAAACCAAAGAGGCACUUUAUUGCGAAUAAGAAGGCGUGCGCGAAAACGGCGGAUAUUAUUAUUGCUACUAUUAUUCUCGUGUAGACCCUUAGCGUAUAGUGAUUGCGAUAGUUGCUCCGAUUAUUCCCUAGACAAGGAGCCGCAAAGGCUUUGAUUUCUCUUGAUUUCGCGGAGGGGACGGUUCUUCACUGGGAAUUAAAAAGAAAGAAAAAAAAGAUGGCGACCGUCGAGCAGGUCGAAGUAUUAUUGAUUAAUUAUUGAUGUAAUCGUCGGAAGUGUUUCUGAUAGUGUCCCUCGAGCGCACAAGACGUUGCCAUUGGUCUCUAAACGAAGUGUACACUCUGCUGCUCUCUUCCAGUACAAACGGGAUGGAAAUCCCACUCGAAAAAGCAUACAAUAACGUUAUAUACUAUAAUGAAAGAUAUUAUAACCGGCGCCUAGGGGAACGAUCUUGCCGGCCACGCAAUCCAAGCCGUACUUUGUUGCUGUGGUACAAUGUUUAACUGUUACAAUUAGGACUUAAUUACCGGGGGAAGUACCUAACUGGUCGGCAAACCUUAUCCUACGGCGACGACCUGUAUAUCAUUACCGAUUUUUACUCGUAUUUACUUCCGGAUCUGACGACUGUCCUCGGAUUAUUAAGGAAUUGUAUUAAAGGAUGACGCGUUAAGGACGUACGGGAGAAGGAAUUGUAAUACUUGGAAAUAAACUCGCCACUGAUACGA